CCUUGAGCUCGUUUUGGAGAUCCCAAAAACUAUUUCUCCUCUCAUUCUCUUUGCUCUUGUUCCUGGAAUCGUCUGUUCUCUCUGAUAACCAAUACUAACGAUUAUUUGGUGUGUAUUGAGUUUUUGUUUCGUUCUUUGGAUUGUUUGAUAAAUCAAAUGGCUGGAAUUUGCUGCGGAAUUGAAAGCGAGACUACUUCAGCGCCAAUUGAGCCCAGUUCCCGGACGUCGAGACGCCGGAGGUUGGAAAUUUUGCCAACUAUUAAGUGUAUCGCCGCCGACCACAUGGCGGUGCAGCAGACGGCGGACAGCGGCCGGAAGCGGCAGAAGCUCGAUCUGCAGCGUUCGAUGUCACUGGAAGGCGCAGCGGCGAUAGUGGAAGACAGACGUGAGGAAGCGGCUGCAAAGGCCGUCCCGACUGUACGGUUGGUUAAUGAUGAGGUUGUUAAUACUACUCGUGGCGAGUCGAAAGGUUUGCAUGCGGGUAACGAAGUGGUGGUUGUUCCUCCGCCGGUGGUGCAGGAAGCUCCUCGGUAUGGCUCUACUUCGGUUUGCGGAAGGAGAAGAGAUAUGGAAGACGCUGUUUCGAUUCACCCUACGCUUUGUAAAGCCCAGGGCUCCGACUCGGGUGGUUGCCAUUUCUAUGGUGUUUACGACGGCCAUGGUUGCUCUCAUGUUGCCUUGAAGUGUAAGGACAGAUUACAUGAGAUCGUAAAACAACACCUGGAAAGCCAAAGCGUCCUUCAAUGGAAGGACACGAUGGAGCGAAGCUUCUCGAAGAUGGACGAAGAGGUCCAUGCCGGGAAUCAAGCCGUGCUGAGUCCCAAAUGCAGAUGCGAGCUUCAAACUCCCCAGUGUGACGCCGUCGGUUCCACCGCCGUCGUGGCCGUGGUAACUCCAGAGAAGAUCAUCGUCUCCAAUUGCGGCGACUCCCGCGCCGUUCUUUGCCGCAGCGGCGCCGCCGUGCCCCUCUCCUCAGAUCAUAAGCCUGAUCGACCGGACGAGUUGCUUCGGAUUGAAGCCGCCGGAGGGCGCGUGAUCUACUGGGACGGUCCUCGAGUCCUCGGCGUUCUCGCCAUGUCGCGAGCCAUCGGCGACAACUAUCUCAAGCCCUACGUAAUACCGGCGCCGGAGGUGACUAUCACGGAACGGACGGCGGAGGACGAGUGUUUGAUUCUGGCCAGCGACGGCCUGUGGGACGUGGUGUCAAACGACACUGCUUGCGGCGUCGUACGCAUGUGCAUGCGCGCUGCUGCUGCCCAAAAGGCCGGGGGAGCUUCAGGCGGUGUCGUGCCCGAGGGGGAGUCCUCGACCGGAGAAAAUUCCGAUAAGGCGUGCGCGGACGCUUCCAUUUUGCUGACGAAGUUGGCCUUGGCGAGGCAGAGCUCGGAUAACGUCAGCGUGGUGGUGGUGGAUUUGAGGAGGCGUGAGAGAUUGUGAGAAAUCAUCAUGCAGCGGCGUUUUAAUGUCAUACUAAUACUAAUCUUAGCCGCAGCGGGGAUGUUUCACCAAAAUUUGUAGCACUUCAUUUGUUGAUUGAUAGUGAUGAAGCUGCUUUGAUUUUUCUCUUAAUAACAAGGUUUUAAGAGAGAAACUGGAAUCGAAAAUCUCCCCUUGCUUGUGGUGUAAUUUAGGUUUUCCUUAUUACUAAGGGUUCAUUUUCUCUUUGUUGUUUCCAACCUUCACAGGUCUGCAGAAGGUUGCAGGGUUGUGAUAUACAAUCAUAAUAGAGUGAAUAUUAAUGU